UCACUGCCUUUACAUCAACAGUUAUUAAUUCAGUUUUUUUCACUCUCUAUUCAUUGGUCAAAAUGCGGCCAUCCAGCAGUACCAAUGAACUCAAAAGUCUCACUGUCAAACGAUUCAUUGUCAGCUGGUACCUUGGCGACCUACACUUGUGAUGCCGGUUACGAGCUCUUUGGACAACCUACCACGACGUGCAGUAGUCGGGGAAGAUGGCAAGGCGAAUUACCAUUUUGUGGCACAAACGUUGGAUUUCGUAAGCCCGCUAAUCAAUCAACAACUGUACGAGGUGGUGAUGCUAGCCACGGUAAUGACGGAGACACAGGAACUGAGCAUGAUGGAAAACGAUGCACAGAAACUCAAAAUGAGCCUAGUCCAUGGUGGAAAGUUGAUUUAUUAAAAGCUUACUCUGUAAAAGUCGUUAGAGUGACGACUAGAGGCUGCUGUGGUCAUCAACCUCUCCAAGAUAUUGAAAUAAGAGUUGGUAAUAGCAGCGUUGAACUACAAAGAAAUCCAUUAUGUGCCUGGUUCCCUGGAACUAUCGAGGAAGGCAUUACAAAAACAUUUAUAUGUGCAAGAGCACUUGUAGGUCAAUACGUUUUUCUUCAACUAGUCGGUGUGGAAGGAAGUUUAAGUCUCUGCGAAGUUGAAGUUUUUGCAACAAAUGAAUUCUCCAUUGACAGAUGUGCGCACGCUGGUACUCCAGCAGACGCUGACAUUGCAGCGUUUGAUUCAACUUGUUACGAAUUUAUAGUAACAAAAGGUGGCUCUUUUCACGAUGCAAGAAAUUAUUGCAAAUCACGCAGUGGAGAUCUAGUUCAUGGCUUUAAAGGUGUAUCAUCAACUUUUAUUCUGAAUAAUUUAGAAAAAAGAAAAGACAAAUUAAAAACACAACUUGUAUGGAUUGGUGCACAAAAAGAACCUUCAAUAACAGCAAGAACUUGGCGAUGGGUUGACGGUGAAAUUGUUCAAAAACCAUCAUGGGGAAAAGAUCAACCCAACAACUAUAACGGCGAACAAAAUUGUGUGGUACUUGACGGUGGUAGAAGUUGGCUUUGGAAUGAUGUCGGUUGUAACUUGGAUUAUUUACACUGGAUUUGUCAAAGCAAGCCAUCGAGUUGUGGGAGUCCUGAUAAAUAUGAAAACACAACGAUUAUUGGCACAAAGAAAGCAAUUGGUUCAGCUAUUCAAUAUGUCUGCCCAGAUGGAUAUAUGCUAAUUGGUAAUGAAUCUCGUGUAUGUGAAGUUGAUGGAUUUUGGAGUGGCAAACCUCCCACUUGUAAAUACGUCGACUGUGGAACUCUUCCGGAUCUAGACAAUGGAGAAGUUAAAUUAGUUAAUAAAAGGACUACUUAUGGAGCCAUUGCUGACUAUGGAUGUAAAGACAAUUACACGCUCGUUGGUGAUACUAGCAGAAGGUGUGGUGAUGGAGGUAUUUGGAGUGGACAUCAACCGAAAUGUCUUUUUGAUUGGUGUCCUGAACCACCAGAAAUUAAUGGUGGGUUGGUGAUAAAAACAGGUAAACGUACCGGUUCAACGGCAACUUAUACAUGUCAAAAUGGUUUUAUUCUUUUUGGAGAUAAUGUUCUUACAUGUAAUGUGGGAGGAGGAUGGUCUGGCAAGGUUCCACAAUGUAAAUUUAUUGAUUGUGGUGCACCAGCGCAAAUCGAAUAUGGAGAAGUUAAUCUUUUAAAUAAAACGACAACAGUUGGUAGUAUUACGGUAUACACUUGCCAAGAUGAUUAUUGGCUUGUUGGUGAAGCUAGACAUGAAUGCACAAAAGAUGGAAAAUGGAGCCAUGAAGCUCCUUCAUGCGAAUUGAUUUCCAACGAAAUAGCAGAGGCUCAAGGUGUUGGUACAAGUGUUGGCAUUGGAGCUGGAGUUAUCAUUUUUAUUUUAUUAAUUCUUGGAUUAGUUUAUUUAAGAUUACGCAAAGCAACACCGGUAAAAAAUACAGAAAAUAUCCAAGCAGCUGAAAGAAAAGAAGAUCAAAAUGCAGCUGUAAUGUCAUAUUCUAGCUUAAAUGAUGGUACAAGCAAUAAAAUGUAUGAAAAUGUUCCUGAAGAUGGUCUUUAUGACAGUCCUUACAGUGGCAGUGGAAGCACGUAUGGAUAUAGUAGACAAAACGGAAGAACCUACAAUCGAUCUGGCCAUUACGAAGCCGAACCACCUCCUAGAAAUGGUAUCACUAUUAAUGGUGUUACUGUUCGAUAA